CAACAGGAAGUGAGAGAAAAACACCCCUAGGAAUGGAAAUUCUCUCCUGGAAGAGUUAUCAUCAUGGGGGAAAAGUGUCUCAGCUGAAGCUUUAUCAUCAAUCCUUGUUUCCACAACAAGCCAUUUUUUUUCAAAAUCCAGUGAUCCCAGGGGUAGAAAGUGAGGUGAAAUCUUCUGAUUAGGGGCACAGACAGCAAAACAAACACCACAGGGGUAUUAACCCUCCCAUAAACUAUCCAAACACACACACACACACACACGGCUGGAGUUACACUGAAAAAAUGUCCCUGUUCCAACUUACAAAAAAAUUCAACUUAAGAACAAACCCACAUUAACCUAUCUUGUUUGUAACUUGGGGACUGCCUGUGAUUUGACAUCACUUUAAUUCUACAGUGUGGAUGCACCCAUAGAGAAACCAGGAAUUGUAGCUGUAUCUUCUACAGUCAGACAAAAUGCACAGUUACCCCCUUGUAGUAUACUGGGCAUCAAUGUUUUAAUAAAAGUCUGCUCUAUAUAGUGAUAUGACUCAGAUUUGUUUGGGGAGUCCCAGCCUCCAUUUCUGUUUUCUCUAGGUAGAGUUAAGAAAGUCUCCUGUUUGAAACCUUGAAGAAUUCUAGUAGAACGGGCAAUGCUUCACAAGUGAAAUGAUGUUCAAUGGUGUGUCUUCAGAUCUUGGUUUGUUCAGUGCAGUUUCCUCAAGUUUACUUGGUAUAUCUUGUUCAUCCAUUGCAGUGCAAGUGCCAUUCUUAGGGGGGCAGAGCCCCCUCACAUCCAUCACAUCAGGAAGCAGGCCUGGCCAGCAUCACUUCCUUGGGUGAAGAUGUUGAAGAGGGAGCACUGACUAUGUCAACUAUUUGUAACAAGGACAGAAAAGUGGAGACAGCUACAGUCCUUCUGUCUUUCCUUAGCUUUAGAUAAUCUUUUUCUUCAUUUAUUCUAAUGUAUUGUGGGAUAGGAACAGCACCAAUAGAGCACUAAUCACCCAUAGUUGCCUCCAUCCUCCCAGACAUGCAUCGGUUCCCCCGGUCCAGUUAGCUUAUAAAAGUUUCCCAGUCUAGCCUGCAUUUUUUCUUGCCUUGCCUAUAAGGAUGUCCAAGCUGAUCCAGCUUAGAUGUCUAUUCUCUACACUUUCUGCUUUAGUUGGAUGUUUAAAUAUCUGAAAUGAGGUCAUAUUGAAGAGGGGGGAAGCUUUUUUUCUUCUGUUCUAGAGACUAGGACACAAUGAAACAAUGGAUUCAAACCACAAGAAAAGAGAUGCCACCUGAAGAUUAGGAAGAACUUUUGCUCCCUGAGGGUCAGAGCUGUUUGGCGUGGAAUAUUGCACCUCAGAAUGUGGUGGAGGCUCUUUUGGAGGCUUCUAAGCAGAGGCUGGAUGGCUAUUUGUCUGGAGUACUUUGCUUUUAUGCUCCUGUGUAGCAGAAUGAACUGGACUGGAUGGCCCUUGAAGUUUUUUCCAAUUUUAUGAUUCUGUGGUUCUAUCAUAUAUAAUGGUGUAGUAAAAUUAUGGCCUUUUUAUAUAAUGGAAAAGUCAGGUUUGCUUUUUGGGAGUGGGGGAUAUUUUCUAACCUUGGGUGGUUGAAUACAAGCACAGAAUCUGUGGAUAUAAAGGGCCGACUGUACCUGGAAUGUGCAUCAUUUUGCACCCUUCCCUAAUGCAUCAUAGAAAGAGAUAUGGUCCUGUUACGAUCUCAUUGUGAUAGGAUAUUCUUGAUGGAGGAAAUCAAUAGUUAGAUAAAUCACUACUUCAGUACUGUUCAUUCAAAGGUACGGCAAACCCAAGGUAAACCCAAAUACAAUCUGAACUUAAAGUAGAAAGCAAGUGUAGUAUGUGUAUAUGGGGAGGGGGCUGUGUUUCCAUAGACACCAUUACUAUUAUUUGGGCUCUUUGUCUCCCUGGAAACAAGAGGCAGGCUUGAAUAUAUUAGCCAUCCUCCAUGAAUACCAUGAAGUGGUCUUUCGAGUACGCUAAGCAGUGCGGGCUCGGUGUGAGUCUAUUAAACUGCCAGGAAGUGCAACCGGCAAGAAGUUUACUCCUUCAGUUUCACGCAUCUACAAAAGUGGCUGCCAGUGAUCUCUAACAAAGAAGAAGGAGCAGAAUUCCAGCACUGUGUAAAAUAGUCUGCUCUUAGCAAAAAGAAAAGGAACUGAGCUUCAACAUCUUGACAAUGGACAGAAAUCUUCCAUCCGUGAAGGGAACUUGGAUUGGCUUGAAGGAUUACAAACAGGAAACCUGACUACACCGAAGACCAGCAGCAAAGAAAAUGUUUCUUAGAUGAGAAAUUGAGUCUGGAAGCAGCUGGCAGGUGGGACGGAUUUGUGCGCUCCUUUCCAACUGAUCCAGCGUGGUAGAAAAUCCUUUCUCUAUCUCUCUUCUGCAACGGGAGCAUGCCCAUUGCUUUCAAGAUGAACAGGACUUUGCCCCAGCUCAACUCUUCAGGGAGCAAUGAGAGCAGCAGCUGGCAGACCAUGGCAGUCAUCAUUCCCUUUGUGUAUUCGCUGAUUUUCUUAGUAGGCACAGUGGGCAAUUCUCUGGUGCUGGCGGUGCUGCUAAGGAAUGGGCAAGUCAACAACACGACCAACCUCUUCAUCCUGAACCUAGGAGUGGCUGACCUGUGCUUUAUUGUUUUCUGUGUGCCCUUCCAGGCGACCAUCUACACUUUGGAUGACUGGAUCUUUGGGCCACUCUUGUGCAAAGCUGUCCAUUUUUUCAUUUACCUGACCAUGUACGCCAGUAGCUUUACCCUCACAGCUGUUUCCCUGGACAGGUAUUUGGCUAUCCGGUAUCCUCUGCAUUCAAGAGAACUCAGAACUCCCAAGAAUGCCCUCACAGCCAUUUGCCUCAUCUGGGGCCUUUCCAUCAUCUUCUCUGGACCUUACAUCAGUUACUACCAGGAGUUUCAGGUAGCCAACGUCACUGUCUGCCAUCCUGUCUGGAAGUUCCCUCAGCGCAAAAUUAUGGACCUUUGCACCUUUGUCUUCAGCUACGUCAUUCCUGUGUUGAUCUUGAGCCUCACCUACCUGAGGACUAUUCGCUACCUCUGGACAUCUGUGGACCCCAUGAAAGAUGUGUCUGAUUCCAAGAAGGGCAAGCGCAAGGUCACCCGGAUGAUCAUCAUUGUGGCGGUUCUCUUCUGUCUUUGCUGGCUGCCCCAUCACCUGGUCAUCCUCUGCUUUUGGUUUGGUUAUUUCCCACUGAACAAUGUUACCUAUGUACUAAGGGUCCUCUCUCACCUGAUUUCCUAUGCCAACUCCUGCGUUAACCCCAUUGUCUAUGCUCUGGUAUCCAAGCAUUUCCGGAAAGGGUUCAAGAAGAUCUUCAGCUGCCUCUUGCACAAAAGAGUGGCCAACAAGGUCCAUGUGGCCCAGGUGACCCACACAGUCAGCAUCUUAGAAGCUGAUCUGACAGAAGUGAUACAUGUCAGUGAGCCCAUACAUGCCAGAGCCUCCAGUUGCUGCCAAAUCCCAAUUCAGACAUGGGGGGAGGCAGAGCAGCUGAGCCAUCAAGAGAAAGUGGCCAAGUCUUUCAUCACGUUCAGUGUGACUUAGCAUUGUCCUUUGUCCCUGGGCAGCAGGCUGCUAACAGUAGAUGAAUUAUUUGAGUGCAAUGAGGGUUUGGCCCAAAGGAUGCUUUUUAUUUGUUUAAAGGUUUUAAGAUGUGGUUUAAAGACUAGCAGGUGGUUCAAGCCAGGGAGAUUAUAUAUAUUAUUGCUCAUUGCUCCCUGAAGUAGCACCUACCAGAAGCUAAUAUGCUGUAAAAAGUCUAUGGAACAUAAAAGACAACUACAAGAAACAAAAAGUGAUGUUAUCACAGAUACACAGAUUGGAAAGUGACAUGAAGUUGUUUAUUUUGGGCAAUGGAUCCAAGCAAAGAGAUUAGCCAACGAAACAAUGACUGGACUCAUCAGAGCUUUAAAGGUACCCUGAAAGUACCAUAGAUUGCUAGGUUUGAUUUGCAUGGCAGCUCUAAGGUUCAUGGAAUGCACUGAACAUGACAUUGAAUUGGAUCUUAGAUGAGAAAUAGUGUCUGUGUCAUAGGAUCAUAUCAAUGUUGUUGAUUGUGUGGCCUGAAUCAAGAAUCUUCAGUGUUAGAACAUAACAAGCGUUCAUUCUUACGUCAGCUGAGUGAGCUACUAUUCCUCCACUCAGCCUCAGUACACAGACGGGAACAAGAGAAUGCUGCACAAGCUGGAGCUGAGGAAUACGUUCUCCAGAUCUAGAUGCAAACCCGGCCACUUAUGGAGGCAGCCCAGUUUUGACAGACAGAGAACAAAGACCCUUCAUCUUAUGCUUAGAAUCCAAAGAAUUACGAGGAUCUGUCCAUAAAACUUGUAUAAAGUGAUACAUCCUAGUUCUCUUAGUUUGCAGCAUGUGCACAGUUGCAAUUGAUCUCAAUGGGUCUUAUUUCAGAGUAAAUAAUUUCAUGGUUAUACUGUUGUUCACACUGGCCUAGGCUUCAGAAGAUAAAUCUUUGUGUAUUGUGAUGCACUCUUUGUUACUGCAACACAAGAAAGUGGUGAGUGUAUUGAAUCUGCUUUUCCUUAGUAUCAGGUCAAAGGAUCCACUUUUCCUAUUAAAUCUGCAAGAAAUAAAUGAUAUCAGAGUAACAGAGACUGAAAGAAUAUGGAUGCAUUUCGAAUGUAGUCCUCCCUGCUGUAUGCUAAUAGGUGAGAAGACAUGCGAGGAGGCAUUUUGAUAAUCUGAAGUUUGUAAAAACUAAGAAUUAUACAAGACUUUGAUUAUAUGAAACCGGGUAUGUAGUGAUGGGUGAUCUAAUUGAAAAGUUAAGCCCUGCUCCUGGAGGUUUUCAGAAAAGGCACCUCAGAUAUAUACCUCUUUUGAGUGGAGCAGAAAACAUGGUUUGGGGGGGAACAUGCGACUAUACUUGGCCAAAGGGUCACCCUUUGCUGACCAUUGCUUUAGAGUCUUGGGUACAUUGCAUGAACAUAUUACAGUAAAGCAAUCUGUUUUAUUUACCUGGGUAGAUUUUCUUCACUCUUUUCUAUGAAUGGGACAGCCAGUCAGUGUAUCUUGUGAACUUGGUUUGCUUUCACCAUGAUACCAUUUGUACAAUUUUCAGUAUUCAUCAUACUUUGGACUAAAUGCUCAGUGAUCUGUAAUUUACAUUUAAGACUCAGAAAUAAACCCAGUUUCCUUUUAGGAACCCCAAAGAAAUACUGUAUAUACUCACUAUUAAGUUGAGGGCAAGUUUGGUGGUAAAAUCUAUGAAUUGUGACAUGAGCUGUGGAUAUGUAGAGGGCAAUUCUGUAGAGCGGGAAAAACACCAAUGCUGUCUGUUUUAUACCAGCUGCCUUUGGAGCCAGCUGCCUUUGUUGCCACCGCUGCCAUUUCCCACCUAGGUAUUCAAAAAGGCCAGAAAUAGCAUUAGUGGGGAAGUAUAGUGGGGUCUGUGCCUUUGGGUGGCUUUCCCAGGACAUAUUAAGUUCUUGCCUUGCCAUUCUACUCAGAAAAGGGGAUGGGUUGGGUUUUUUUGGGGGGGGGGGGAUUACUAGACUUACAACUAUGUAGGAUUGCUGUCUCUUGUUUUGUGUUACAGCUGUGGGAACUAUUUGUUUAACUUCGUAAAUAAAAGCAAAGAUUGGUGUAGA